AUGAACAUCAUCUCUACGAGUACUGGUUUUGUCCUCCUCUCAAAACUCUUAUCCCAGGCGCUCUUCUCAACCCUUCAUCCUUUCGGCUUUGAAGGCGGAAAAGGCGGCGUGGUAAUCGCGAGACCACGUGUUAAAAGACGAAGUUCCUCCCUCGAUUUUGUUUCGCAUAACGAGAAGAACAAACUCCUCGCAGAGAGUUUGUUUUUUCUCUUCGUCGUUUCGUUGUUCGUUUUGAGUUCGAGAACGAGAAAAAAUACACAGAGGACACAGAAGAAGAAGACGCGCUGGUGCGCGGUACUCGUCGAGAAUAUUGAGUACGAAGCUAAAGAAAGAGCAGAAGAGGGAGAAGAGAGCGUGAUAACGCCAACUUUCGAGGAUGAAUGUGAAGAAGAAGAAGAAGACAAAGAAGAAGAAGAAGAAAAAGAGGACGAGUUUUUGACUUCAGACGACUCAGAGUCGUCUUUGCAGUGCGAAGACGAAGAACUCGAGCAGCGAGAUCAAAGGUGGGAAAUCGUCGCGAAACUUCCUCCCGUUGUCGCUUGUGAGGAGAAAAGGUCUUCAUCUUCAUUACUGGAGGCGUGGAUGAGUGCCGUGCCGAGAAAAGGCAAACGGAAGUUAAAAGCCGUUGGAUUCGGCCGCGAUACGGGUAACGGUUUUUUCAAGGAUCUCACGGAGUGCAAUUUUCGCGUGGAGGUGUUUCGGUGCAUCGACGAGAGACGUGCGAAGAGAGAGGAAGAGGGAGAAAGAAGCGACGGAUCUUUCGAGAAACGACGACGGGUGGAAAUUGAUGAGGAGGACAACGACGACUGA